AUAGAAAGCUUUGCUCUGGACUGGGCAAAAUCCAGUCUGCCAAUUGCCAGUACCGCUGUUUUUACCUCUAUCGACUCCAUCUGUGGCUAUUUAAGACAUGGAUUACGCCAGUCAAAGGGAUAUGAGCAAGCAGGUUGUGAACAAUCCUGAACCCGUGGCUCGUGGACCCAGUGAAGGUGCGGGGGUUGUAAGAAUCAGCCCCGAAAAUGAGCCGCAGAAUGCCCCGCCGCAAACCCCCGCCGCGACGGCCAGGCUUCCCCCAUCGCUCUCUAACGACAACAAAACACUUCCCUCCGAAGAAGUUAAACCAAACGAUUUUGAGAGGACCAAAGUCGGGAUCUGCAAGCUCAGCAGCACCCCGGUGCAAGCCAACUCCACGCUCCGGAGGGAAUCUGUGGAAGCCUUUCCCUGCAAGCACAGCCCUGGGGUAGGGACCGCCGGGCAAGCUGCUAUUCCUCACUGCAAAAUUCCCGCUUUGCAGAGCACAGACGGGGACGCUAAUCUAAGCCUUGGUAAGAGCACACUGGAGCAAAACAGCACCAAGGGCACCUGGGUGACCUUGAGCCAGAGCACCGUGGUACUGGGCACAGAUGGCAACACUUCUGUCCUUCCUGGCAGAGUGGAGGGGGAAGACGAUGUAGGGGAUGAAAAUAAAGCCCGAGGGAACUGGUCCAGCAAGCUGGAUUUCAUCCUCUCCAUGGUGGGUUAUGCAGUGGGGCUGGGCAAUGUCUGGAGGUUCCCGUACCUGGCCUUUAAGAAUGGGGGAGGUGCGUUUCUCAUCCCCUAUUUGAUGAUGUUGGCUCUAGCUGGGAUCCCCAUUUUCUUCCUGGAAGUCUCUCUGGGGCAGUUUGCUAGUCAGGGCCCCGUGUCGGUCUGGAAAGCCAUCCCGGCCUUGCAAGGCUGCGGUAUCGCCAUGCUGAUCAUCUCGGUUCUAAUAGCCAUAUAUUACAAUAUUAUCCUGUGCUACACACUUUUCUACCUUUUUGCGUCCUUUGUACCUGUGCUACCCUGGGCCUCCUGUAACAACCCGUGGAACACGCCAGACUGUAAAGAUAAAAACAAACUUUUGCUAGAUUCCUGCAUUAUUGGUGACCAUCCAAAAAUACAAAUCAAGAACUCUACUUUCUGCAUGAGUGCCUAUCCAAACUUAACCAUGGUUAACUUCACCAGGGAAGGAAACAAAACAUUUGUCAGUGGAAGUGAAGAAUAUUUCAAGUACUUUGUAUUGAAGAUUUCAGCAGGGAUUGAAUAUCCUGGUGAGAUCAGAUGGCCCUUGGCACUAUCUCUUUUCCUAGCUUGGGUGAUUGUAUAUGCCUCCCUUGCUAAAGGAAUCAAGUCAUCAGGAAAAGUGGUGUAUUUUACAGCUACAUUCCCCUAUGUAGUUCUCAUUAUCCUUCUUAUAAGAGGAGUAACUCUCCCUGGAGCUGGAGAUGGAAUCUGGUACUUCAUCACACCAAAGUGGGAGAAGCUAAUUGAUGCUAUGGUUUGGAAGGAUGCUGCCACUCAGAUUUUCUUCUCCUUAUCUGCAGCAUGGGGAGGUCUAAUUACUCUCUCUUCUUACAACAAAUUCCAUAACAAUUGCUACAGGGACACAUUGAUAGUCACAUGUACCAACAGUGCCACAAGUAUAUUUGCAGGCUUUGUCAUCUUCUCAGUUAUUGGCUUCAUGGCAAAUGAACUCAAAGUGAAUAUUGAAGCUGUGGCAGACCAAGGUCCUGGAAUUGCUUUUGUGGUUUACCCAGAAGCCUUAACGAGGCUUCCUCUCUCUCCCUUCUGGGCCAUAAUAUUCUUUUUGAUGCUUCUAACUCUUGGAUUAGACACCAUGUUUGCCACUAUCGAGACUAUUGUGACCUCUGUUUCAGAUGAGUUCCCCAAGUACUUACGUACACACAAGGCACUGUUCACUCUUGGGUGCUGCGUGUCCUUUUUCAUCAUGGGAUUUCCUAUGAUCACUCAGGGUGGAAUGUAUAUGUUACAGCUUGUGGACACUUAUGCAGCUUCUUACUCUCUUGUCAUUAUUGCCAUCUUUGAGCUCGUUGGAGUUUCCUAUAUCUACGGAUUGCAAAGAUUUUGUGAAGAUAUAGAAAUGAUGAUUGGAUUCCAGCCAAGUAAAUUCUGGAGAGUCUGUUGGGCAUUUGUGACCCCGACUAUUUUAACAUUCAUCCUCUGCUUCAGCUUUUACCAGUGGGAGCCGAUGACUUAUGGAGCUUACCACUACCCCGGCUGGUCCAUGGUGCUCGGGUGGCUGAUGCUGGCCUGCUCAGUCAUCUGGAUCCCAGUUAUGUUUGUGAUAAAAAUGCAUCUAGCCCCAGGCAAAUUCAUUGAGCGACUCAAGCUGGUGUGCUCCCCACAGCCUGACUGGGGUCCGUUCUUGGCCAAGCACCGUGGUGAACGCUACAUGAACAUGAUUGAUCCACUGGGAACCUCCUCCCUGGGACUUAAACUGCCAGUGAAGGAUAUGGAACUGGGGACACAAUGCUAAUAAUUAUUAGUAAUGGGUGGCAAUAACAUUGUCAGCCUGUUCUGAUACGUUUUUCUUUUUUUCCAUUUUGUUCCCCCACUGUUUCUUCUUUUCUUUUCCACAGUGCCUGGAAGUGGUUGUCUAGGAAAGUAGGAUUUACUGUUGCAUGCCAUAGUGACGACCUAGCUAGACCACUUCCAGGUGUAGGUGAUGCCCGUGAGAUGUUCUGUACCCAGUGAAACAGCAAAACCACAGUGUGUGACAGGUGACAUACCAGUGAUGUAGGAAUAAACAAAACUGAAUUGAAAAAUCUUUAAAGGAAACAAUGUGCAGGAUUUGACCCAUUUCCCACAAGCAUCCUCAUAACAGAUGGCUAUGAUGGGACUAGGAUUUUACCACCAGUGUAUUCAAAGGAAGAUUCAGCCCUCAGAUGGGCUGGAAGUGAGCAAAGAAGGGGAUCUCUUGUAGUCCUGGUGUAAAUCCAGCAUACGGCUCCUGUGAAAAGUGGGGUUGCUUUUUCUACCCUGACAGCAGACCUUGCCCCAUCAUGUCUGCUCACUUCUUUUAUAAUUUAUGCCAUCUUUGAGGAAUUGUUAUGUUAUGUAAACAAAUGGAGACUGUGUGAACAGCACACCAGGAAGUAAUAUGCGGGGACAGAAAAGAAACAUGAUAAUCCAUUUAAUCUUUUCAGGUAGAAAAAUAAGAACUAACUAAAAAAAAAAACUAGUCAGUUGAGACUGGGACUAAAAUGCAUCUGAGUCUAGAAAUGGUUUGGAAAUAGUGCCAGAAUGAGGUGUAUGGGCAUCACUGUUUAAAGUACUGUCACAUGUUUCUUUCAAUAACUUGAUAUCUGUCACUUCAAUUAGAAAUGCCUGAGUUUUACAGUGUGUCUGAAAACUUGUUCUGCAAGAAGUGCAACUGUGUUUUUACUCACUUCAAUACUCUGAACAUAAUUUUCCUUGUUUCUCUGCUUUUGUUUACAGUAUCUCCUCAAGAAGCCAUCAUAUAAUUUGUGCCUAACUUUGUAUUCUUAGAGUGGUAAGUGUAGUCUAGUUACCACCUGAAAACAGUUAUUAGAAGUUAGAUGUGCUGUUCAACUUUGUGACUCCCUGUUCAUUUGCCUAUAAACAUCUUUAUAUAACCUAUAACCUUCAGAUGAUGUAUUCUUCUCUUUCAGCCAAGGGGGAAAUAGCAGGACCCCACUGGUCUAUAUAUUAUAUAUAUAACACAUAAAUUCUUCGAAGCAGUAUUCUCUCUGAAAUGUGAAUAGGAGUUUUCUUUACAUUAAAACAUUUUCAUUAAACAAAAAAAACCAAAAUCCACAGUAAUUAACCACUGCAGUCAUCCACAUGGUUGCAACCUUAGAUAUACAAAAUACAAGAGUUGAGGUGAGAGGACAAUCUAGUAGAUGGCCAUUAUAACAUUGCAUAGCAGUAGGACAUUCUAAAGCAUUAUAUUUUAGAAAUCAGAUAUAAGCAGUGAUAUGAAUACUAGAUUAAAAUAGUUUUGUUACCUAUUGGGUGGAGUGAAAAAUAGAGCUUUUCAAGAGUACAUUUAUUUACCUAAAUAGAAAAUUAGCCCAACUUAUUGUAAAUGCACUAGAAUGAGGGAGAAAAAUAUAUCUUCAAUAAUUGGCAAAACGGUAAUCUUUAUUAUCUUAUACAUAUGUAUGUUAUAUCCUAUACAUACAUAUAUGAUAUUUUUUAACAGUGAUCAGUGUUCAUGUAGUGUGUGCUAGUGAUGUUUUAUGUCCCUAUAAAUAUCUUAUCAAUCAGUGUAGAGAUGAUGAGCUUAGAGUAGUUUAUCCAGUUUUUUUCCCUCCCUGGACGCUACUGUAGUAGCCCGUAAAUGUUCUUUCCUUUCAGGGGACUGUUUCUAUCCUGUUCUUUUGUCGGUCUGUCUUCAUAUUGCAGGGUCUCAGGUAAAUCCUCCGUUCAUGUGUGUCCGUAGAUCAGUAGGUGUUGUUUCAUCCAGUUGAAGAAAACAAAAAACUAAACCUUAAAGUAACACUUUCACAAAUUGUUAACUUCUUUUCUCUGUGUGUGUGUGUAUAUAUAUAUGUAUAUUAAAUAUAUUAAUCAUUUUGCUGAACUUCCUCUUUCACGGGGCAAUUAGUGUUGCCAGUUCUAGGCACUGCUGGAGACCUUUAAUCCUCGUGCAGAACAACUGAAGCGCAGUCAGGGGUUGUCACCCAGGGAAGGGAGGGCAAAUUCCGCAACAUUUUACGCUGACCCACCGAAUCUCCACUCCACGGGCUCUUGCUGGUCCCUGUCUCACACAGCAGCAGGACAGAACCCUCCUGUGAGCUUCUCUGCCUCAAAGCUGUGCCCCCUUGUUUCAGCUUCGCCUGCUGUCUUAAUAAAUGACUUGUUAUUCUUGCUUCUGGCUUUUAUUUUCCUGACAGAGGCGGGUUUCAGAAGCCAUGCUUUGUCUGAUCUCAUGAAGGUCCACUAAGACGAGCUGGAAAUUUGGUCCCCACGUCUAGGUGAGGCUGAGAGACCUUCCCUGGGUGCAGAAAGGAAGCUAAGGAUUCUGUUUUUUGAUGUCAGUACCUCUAGUAGAAAUUAGGCUUUUUUUGUCAGGACAAAUUGCUUUAGGCCUCUCUUGGCCAAUAUUCCUUAGCAUCUUGGUUUGAUUUUUGGAGUCCAAGCCAGUUUAUCCUCACUACUGUGAUUGAAAAACAACAAGUAUCCACAGAUUUGGUCCUCUUUUGAAAGAAGAAAACACACUCAAACAGUUUAAGAGUACUGAAUCCUUUCACUUAUUAGCUUGUCUCAAGACAAACUGGGAUUAACUAAUUGCAAUAAAAUUACCUCAGUGUAAGGAUGUCAGCUACUGUCUACAUGAAUUACGAAAGAGUUAUCAUUUGAAGGAGUACUGCUGGGGUAUGAUAUCUUUUGGCUUGGAUUACCAAACCAGAAUGCGUAUGAAAUUGCAAUUGAAUUGCUUUCCAUGAUUUAUGUAAUUAAUCUGCUUGCUUUUUAAUUUAGAUGUUGUUCCUGUGCCUGGUAAGUCAUUAGCGCAGGAUUAGGCUUGACUUUGAAACUCUGUAAACAGAUGAUAGUGAUUUUUUUUCCAGCUGAUCUUUAUCUUCAGCUUUGACCCCAUUACUAGGCUUGCAAAAACCUUUGGAAAAGGGGGAGAAAUGCGUACAAAAAUCACAGAAGAUGUGAAGUUUUCGCUGUUUGUUAAAAGCAGUUUUGUUUUUUUUUUGUCACAUCAGACUUUUUAAAAAAAUAUUUUACUGGCCAAAUCUGAGAGUUGAGAUUAAAUUAACCAGCAGUGUCUUCUUUAAAUGGAAGUAAUCUUGAAGUUUGGGAAUGCACUUCAUUUACCAUAUUCUAGGAAAAGUUUGCAUGUACUUUGAUAAUUUUCUAAAAAUAAAUUUAGUAACUAAUAACAUACCAGUAAAGAUCUUUAAAAAAAAAAGGAGGGGAAAAAGCCAUACUAGUAAAAAUGUGAUGUACGUACUUGCAGAUCUAUCUAUCUUGUGAGUAAAAAAUGUUUAAAUUUGGUGAAAUUAUAACGCAUAUUUUUUUCUUUGAAAUUGAGUUUCUGGAUGAGCUGAGAUGCAUUAUCGUAUGCAUUAAAGAUUAUACCUAAUGCAAAUGCUUACCAUCUUCAAAUUCUUUGGGGUCUCCCUAGUGUUUUUAAUAUGCAAUUUUCAAAACCUGUGUUUCAGCUAGACAAGGCAGCACUUUGUUUCCAAAAGAAGGGUUUAACAAAAUGACCUUUAAUUGAGAAAGACUUGGAUUGUCUUUACAUGAUGUUUCAAUUGAGUCAAAGUAGUCUUUUGGUUAGGUUCUGCUCCACUGACUGCAUUAGACGUGCCUCCACACUGAAGAUCAUUGCUUCUGAUACGUUGUGUGACUGUCUCUUACCGUCAAAUUCCAACACCUGCUUGAUUUUAAAUACCUUUGGUCUGUUUGUUAUGUACAGUUGUAUGGAUAAUAUGAUUUCUUGUUGCCUGUUAUGUGUGGCAGUCAUUGGUUUUCCUAUUGGUUUCUUAUUCUGCAGCUCCACUUCUUCUUGCAAUCAAGGACAGACUUGUAGGGAUUGUGGGUUGUAGGCAGCAGAACUUUUGACAGCUGGCAUCUCAGAAAGCUUCUCUGUUCUGCUAUAAAACUGUUGUAAGAGACACUUGUUUCUUGGUUUGGAGUUGAAUGGUGUGCACUUAAGGUAUUUGUAAAAUGGUCAGAGCUUGAUAUUCCUGAGUUACUCAGGUUGAUGAUUUGAGGGGGGAGGGGAGGGAUAUUGGGGUUUCUGCCUUUGUCACCCUCAGGCACUCUAUUGCAAAGAGAGAAGGUUUUCCUGAUGGGUUUAACAUAAUGUGAGAACCAGGCUGGACCUUAAUUCUUGCAAUAUUUCUGUUUGCCCAUAGCAUCUAGAUACAUCUUCAGGUAACCAUUUGCCUUAUAGCAAUCUUCCAUUGUUAGGAAAAUUAUUGAUUGACUAAAACAUGUUCUUAUCUGUCCUUUAUAUUAUGUAGUAUUACCUUGUAAGGUAGAUGCUUGGCUGGUAUAAAUUGUCACAGCUUUGUCUGGAGCUGUGACAAUUUACACCAGCUGAGAAUUUGCGCCCUGUGUCCUAUGGCACUUUAUUACGGACCCAUCGCUGAUGGGUUAAAUCUUAAUUACUUGCGUAAUGUCAUAUAUAAAUAUAUA